AUGGAGCGUUUUUUGGUUGGGUAUCAUGUUCCAGCGAGUAAAAAACCCAAAACGGCAAUUGAUGACAAAGAGAAACGGCGCCAAUACGACUCUGAGGUACGUGUGCGUGGCUUCCAAACUGAAUGGAAGGACAAGUACCCUUGGUUGUCAUUUUUCAUGAUGAAUGGAAAGGGGAAGAUGUUUUGCGACGUUUGCCGAAAAUUCAAAGCAACAGGCACGUAUGUGACAGGGUGUACCAAUUUUAAAUUGGAUAGCAUCAAAUCACACAGUAUCUCUGCGAGUCAUACCAGAAAUUUUGCAAGAUUUGAAGCAAUGCGUGCUCCUCCGGGACAUACUGUGGCCGAGAAAAGCUUGUUGUCGAUGAAUAAACAAGUAGUGAGCAAGCUAGUGAUUUUAUUCAAAACUGCUCACGGCCUUGCUAAACGCAGUAGACCGUACACCGAUUUCUCCUGGAUGUGCGACUUGGAUGAAGCAAAGGGACUUGUUAUUGGAGACACGUAUAGAAAUGACAAAAGGUGCAAAGAAUUUAUUGAAGCCAUUGCAAAUACUGAGAGAAUCAAUACAUCUUCAUUAAUAGAAAACACAAAAUUCCUAUCAAUUAUUUCCGAUGGUGCUACAGACUCCUCACAUAGAGAAGCUGAGAUUUGCUUUGUUAAAUCAUCUCAUUUGGGUGUUGUAUCAACAAAGUUUAUUGGUAUCGCAAAUAUUGCCAAAGCUGAUGCUAAUGGAAUAUCCCAGGCACUGACAAGACUACUAUGUAAUAUAGCUGGUGAUACAUGGAAGGAAAAGGUCAUAGGCAUGGGGACUGAUGGUGCCAGUGUCAUGUUGGGGAGAAAAGGUGGCGUAAUCAGGAAAAUUCAAGAUCAACUUGAGCGACCAUACAUCGUUGGAGUCCAUUGUUCUGCUCACCGUUUAGAACUUGCAUAUAAAGAUGCUUGUAAGGAGAUCAUUUUGUACAAAAAAGUUGACAAUUUGAUGAUGAAUCUCUACUAUUUUUAUAGAAAUAGCAGCCUUAAUAGAAGCAAUCUUAUAGUUUCUUUUGAAGUGUUGGGCAAAAAACCACUCAUGCCUACCCGAGUAUCUGGAACGCGAUGGGUUCCUCACACUAUGCGAGCAAUAUCGAACAUUGCUAAUGAAUACAGUGCUAUUGUCACUCAUCUUCAACAGAUCCAGAAUCCUCAUGAUCCUGCUUCGAGAAAAGACUCGGCUGCCAAAGCAAAGAAUUUCCUCAUGAUGUUAACAAGCAAGAAUGCUCUAUAUUUUAUUUACUUCUUAUGGGAUAUAACAAUAUGUCUUUCAAGACUCUCCCUGGUGUUUCAAGAUAGGAAGACUACUGUAGGUGUGAUUCACAGUGAGCUCAGUGCUGCUAGGGAUAUACUGCAAUCUUACAAGGAAAGUGAUGGUCCUAAGCUUAGAGAGGUAUUAGGCAGGGAUACUUUUAAUAACCAAAAGCUGUCAGGGAAUGCACAGAGCUUUACUAGUGCCAGGAAUAAGUUAAUUGAUAAAUUGAUAGCCAGUUUAUCCAAACGAUUUGAAGUAGAUGAAGCCAUUAUUAAAGCAACAGCUAUUGCUGACCUGAAAGUAUGGCCUGCAUCAGUCCAAGAUGAACCAGACUUUGGUGCAACAUCCAUAGAAGUUCUGAGUCAGCAGUUUGGUCCUGCAUUACUACAGCAUGCUAAUGGUCUUACAAGUACCGAUGAUUUACAACCUGAGUGGAUCAGAUUUAAACACCUCUUGUAUGCCAGAUUUGUUGAUUUAUCUGAAGUGACAUGGGCCCAGGUGAACUCAGCUCUUGUUGAUAAAUGUCCAAAUAUAUUAGCUUUAAUUGACUUGGUUUUGUCAAUGCCUGCCAGUUCCUUUGAAGCUGAGAGGGGAUUCUCCUUGAUGAAGAUCAUCAAGACAGACUGGAGGAGUCGCUUGAAGGACUCCACUCUGUCUGACCUCAUGAUGGUUAAAUUAGAAAGCCCAGAAAUAGGAAAAUUUUCUCCAAAUGCUGCCAUCAAUUUAUGGUUUAAUAAAAACAGAAGACCAUUUUUCAAUGAUAAAAAAAUGGGCAAUUCUGCUGUUGAAAUUGAUACUGAGGAUGAUGUUAUGACAGAAGAAACAGGUGUUAAAUUUCCCAUCUCUUCUGCGAAAAUAAAUGAAGAUGAUGAUGAUUAUUUGUAUGAUUCAGGGGCAGAGGAUGAUUUCUAUUCUGAUGAAGAUGAAACUUUAGAAAACAGACGAAAUCAUGAAGUGAAUGCAUAUCACAAUUUGCUAGAGUCAAUCUCAGAUGUUAUGUAA